CGGACACUUUUAAAUUGACACAAAACAAUCGGUUUGAGUUGCAGAAGUUGAGGCAACGUGAAAAUUGGACCCGAUGUGAAUACGUUUGAGAAAACUAUUCUCAAGCAGCGUUUAGUGAGCAUCGUUAAGAGUUAACCUUGCAACGAAUAGCGUUUUCAUUUUGUAUCGAUUGUGUGGCCACCAUGCGAGCGAUCUAGCAUGCUAUUAUGAUGCUCAACCCGUCCGGCGGCGGCGGAUCCGCAGAUGACCAACGAAAACCGGCGGUCUCGCAGCCGAGAAUCAGCUUAUACAGGGAGCCCCGAUGCGGACACAAGACCAGCCCCAUAAGUGUCAUCUUAGUGAGCUCCGGUAGCCGCGGGAACAAGCUGCUUUUCCGCUACCCUUUCCAGCGAACCGCCGAGUGUGCGUCGUCCCACGCAGCAAAACAGCGGAAUCACUAUGCCCAGAAUACAACGGCAGAAGUUGAAGAUCACGAUGGAGAUUCAAGAGAGUCAUCUUCAUUAACUGACGAACAGUUGGUAGCGGGGUUUUCCGACAGUAUCCUGGCAACAAUCCUGGCCACCAAGUCGGACAUGUGCGGUAAGAAGUUUGAACUGAAGAUCGACGACGUUCGCUUCGUGGGCCACCCGACUCUGCUGCAGCAUCCGCCCAUCAUUCAGGUGUCCAAAACAGAUCCUUCGCCAAAGAGGGAGAUGCCCACCAUGAUCCUCUUCAAUGUGGUGUUUGCUCUGAGGGCCAAUGCUGACCCCUCAGUCAUCAGCUGCAUGCAAAACUUGUCCCGCCGCAUCGCCAUUGCGCUGCAGCAUGAGGAGCGCCGCUGCCAGUACCUUACCAGGGAGGCCAAGCUCAUGCUGGCCGUGCAGGACGAGAUCACCACCGUCACCGACAUGAGCCCACAGUCACCAUUUCGACAAAUUCUGCCCAAAUGUAAGCUGGCCAAGGACCUAAAGGAGGCAUAUGACAGUCUGUGCACGACGGGCGUGGUGCGGCUGCACAUCAAUAACUGGCUAGAGGUGAGCUUCUGCCUCCCGCACAAGAUCCACCGCAUUGGCGGCAACUAUAUCCCCCCCGAGGCCUUGGAACGCAGCCUGAAGGCCAUCAGGCCCUAUCACGCACUGCUGCUGCUGGAAAGCGAGAAGGCACUGCUGGGCCAACUUCCCGUGGACUGCUCGCCCGCCAUGAUGCGCCUCAUCAAGACGUGCUCGGCGGUGAAGAAUCUGCAGCAGCUGGCUCAGGACACUGACCUCGCCCUGCUUCAGAUCUUCCAAAUUGCAGCCCACCUGGUUUACUGGGGCAAGGCCAUCAUCAUCUACCCACUGUGUGAGAACAACGUCUACAUGCUGUCGCCUCACGCCAACAUCUACCUAUUCUCGCCUCAGGCCGAACAGUUUGCGCAGCAGUUUCCCGGUCACGACCUUCCUUCCACAUUGGCGAAGUUUUCGCUGCCUGUCUCGCUGGCCGAGUUCAGGAACCCCCUGGAAGCUCCCGCGCAGGAGGCUCAGCUGAUCCAGAUGGUGGUGUGGAUGCUGCAGCGCCGCCUGCUCAUCCAGCUGCACACGUUCGUGUGCCUCAUGGUGCCGCCAGCCGAGGACGAGCCCGCUUACAGGGACGACGACCUGUCGCUGGCCGCGCGGGUCGCCGGUGGGCGCGGCCUCAGCACCCCGAGCGUCCUCAGUUUCGGAUCCCCAACUAGCAGCGAUGACAUGACCCUGACCAGCCCCAGCAUGGACAACUCCAGCGCAGAAUUGGCCCCCGGCACCGACGACUCUCCCCUCAACAAAAGAAUCUUGCUGACCGAGACUCUGCUGGCCAGCCUGUCAGAGCACGACAGACAGUUCAUCCUCAACAUCCCCGCCGCCCAGAACCAAGAGGAUCUUCGCAUGUUUGCCAGGUUGCUGCACUAUUUCCGGGGCCACCACCACUUGGAGGAGAUCAUGUACAACGAGAACAUGCGGCGCUCUCAGCUCAAGACGCUCUUGGACAAGUUCCGCAGCGUGCUGGUGGUGACCAAUCACGAAGAUCCCAUCAUUUCCAUUUUCCAGUCUCCCCGAGAGUAGAGUAGUACUCAUCAUCCUAGUAGUCCUAGCGUAGCAUGCACCAGUUGGAUGCUGUCAGUCACACCACGUGGCAGGGAACCGAUGUGUCAA